UUAAAAUUCUCAACACUAAUGAGUAAUGACCAUAAUUUGUUCAAGAUAGUUUUAAUAUCUAAUAUAUUAUAUUAUAAAUAUUAUAUCUACUAUCAUUUCUCCAUUAGAUAUAGUAUAAAAGUAAGUACCUAUUUGUGAUAAUUAAAUUAUUAUUAUUUUAUUACUCGCAUUAUUCAUUAGUAUAACUAGUAUAAGGUAAUUAUAUAAUUAAAUAUUAUGAUCAACGAUAAUAGUGCAUAUCAAAAUGGGAAGACAUCAAAAUUAUUGUCAUUCUGUAAAACUGUCCACACCAGUAACAACUUACAUUCUAAUUGAAUUUUUAUUGUGGUUUAAUUUUUUUUUAUUUAACGUUAAAAUGGAUCAACUUAAAAAACGUACUCGUCAACCAUCGAAAAAGUUAUCAACUAAAAAGAAAUUGAGUAAUCGAGUGAUGAAUUUUCUAGGAAUUCAAAACAAAACCAAUCCCAAUCCAGAGGUCGUAGAAUCUGUUGUGAAACCUUUUUUCUUGGGUGAUGACAAUCAACUACCAUGCACAUCAAGGGAAACAAUUAGUCAAAAUCCAGAGCUCGUAAAAUCUGUUGAGGCACCUUUUUUCUUAGGUGCUGACAAUCAACUACCAUGCACAUCAAGGGAAACAAUUAGGUUAGAAAAAUAUGAUCCGGAGGGUAAUGCAAAUAAUUAUUGGAAUACUGAAGAAAAUUUACAUAACUUAACAGUGGACGAAUCUAUACUUAGUAAUCAAGAAAUUAAGCAAUGUGAUGUUGAUGAAAGUUCGGGAAGACGAAUAGUGGAUAUGCAUUACGUUUUUAGUCAAAUUAAAAACAGUGUUCAUAGAGGGUCAUUUGGUUGUACAUUUUUAAAUAUGACGUUUAUUUCUGAGAAAAAACACGGGUUUAGAUCAUCAUUUAAGUUUAAAUGUGAUGUUUGUAAUAUUGUUAUGUUUAUCGACUCAGAAAAGUUGAAACCUGAAGCUUAUUUGCCAGUAAAUUAUUCCGCCGUUAAUGGAUCAAUAGCAGCUGGAAUUGGAUUUACACAGUUGUCCGAAUUGUGUGCGAUAAUCGAUAUACCUUGUAUGUCUUCAACUACUUUUCUGAAAAUUCAAGAGUUUAUUUGCAAAAGAAUUCACGAAGUUGCAGAGGAACAAAUGAAAAUUGCUGGUGAAGAAGAACGUCGUUUAGCAAUAAAAGCUGGUACAUUAGAUGUUGAUGGAACCCCUAUGUGCACUGUAGUUGCGGAUGGACAGUGGUCAAAGCGCAGUUACAAGACUAAAUAUGAUGCAUUAUCUGGAGUGGCAACAAUAAUAGGUUAUAGAUCGAAAAAAAUUUGUUUGUGGGAAUUAGAAACCGUUAUUGUAUAAUUUGCCAAAGGGCCAAAAAAAAAAACUAUCUCCACCUGACCAUACUUGUUUUUUAAAUUGGAAAAAGGGUGC